CUGUACCAGACUUUCGAGCCAGCCGCCGAUAAAGAGUUGAGGCGAGAAUUCGAUUCCGUACUGAAACCACACAUAACGUAUUUGUCCGAAUGCCGACCAUUGUCUGUGAGUAUGAGAAACGCCAUCAAGUUCUUGAAGCUGACCAUCUCCAAUCUGGACACAGAUCUCACUCUGGAAGAG